AUGGAGGAUCUCCAUCUGCCCAUUGCCCUCCGGCGCUCUCGUCGAAGCACCCCGGCCGUUUCCGUCAAGGCCGAGGAGAUGACCGACGCCGUCGCCGCCCCCAAAACGCCCGGCCGAAGAAAGCGCACCGUCCGCUUCUCCGACCCUGGCCCUGCUACUUCGUCCGGCCUGACGCCCAUGAUGCGUCGGACGGCCUUUACCACGCCCCGCCGCCGACACUCGGCCACGCCGCUGCGUAACUCAAGCCCGGCCCCCGCCUCGUCGUCGACCGGCUUGUCCCGAAAGCAGGCCAACCUGUUCCUGGCCCCGAUCCGCCAGACAAAGGAAGGCCGGGUCGAGCGACAGGCGCGGCGCAGCGGGAUCCGCGAUAUGCUCAACAAGCUGGACGUGCAGAAGAAGAAGUUGCUGCGCUUCUCGCGCACCGAGAUUAGCAAGCUCAAGAGUCAGGUCAAGUCCAAGGACGCCGAAAUCUACGAGCUGCAAAACGCCACCGUCGUCAUCGACACGGAGCGCAUAUGGGAGCUCGAGAAGCAGAUCGAGAUCCUGCAGCAGGAGCUCGACCAGCGCGCCCCCACGGAGCUGAAUGAGAGCCGCACGUACGACUGGACCAUGGCGGCCCGCGACCCAUUCGCUCAGGAGGACUACUUUGACAUGGACAUGGACGGCGACAACUUUGGUGAUGCGACGCAGGCACAGCUGCAAGUCAGCACCCCGUCGAGGGCUCGCUCUUCCUUCCUUACGCCGCCGGCCACAAGCCCCAUGAUACCCGGGACGCCCUCAUCGCACUUUUGCCGCCAGCCCCAGACACCAACGUCACACGCGGCCGUGCAGGCCUGCUUCCCCGAUCCUGAGCGCGCGAGCCUUGAAGAGCACGUCGCCUCGCUCCAGCGGGAAGUCUCCAAGCUGACGGCCACGCUGGACUCGUACAAGGGCUUCCAGGCGCGCCUCAGCGAGCGCUUGUCCGCGGCCGUCCCAGAGGCCAUGGACACGACCGCCUCGGACGCCAACCUUGACAGCAUCGAGAAGCAGAUCCUGCGCAUGCUGCAAGACAUGGCGGACCGUGCCGCCGCGCUCGAGCACCUGUCCGCCACCAUUGGCGACAUGGGCUUUGCCGGAGACGACGCCGAGCAGAGGCUCGCGUCGAUUGUGGCGGGGUUCCGCGCCGCCCGGCUGGAGCUCGAGUAUCUCACGCCCGGCGAGAUCUCGCUGCCGCUCACCUCGCACGGGGCGGCGGUGCUCGACCUGCUGCUGACCAACCUGCGCGAUCUCGCGCGCCGCGUCAAAGAGGGCGAGGACAGCAUCGACGAGUACCACGACCUCGAGCAGUGCCUGCGCAAGCAGCUCGACGGCCGCGUGACGGCCAUGGACCAGCUCACGGCCGAGCUGCGCAACAGCGAGACGGUGAUCCGCGCGGCCGACGUGCGCAUCCGCGAGCUCGAGGUGGCCAACGCGCGGCUCAAGGGCGCCGUCGACUCGUACGACCGCGACGUCAAGGAGCUCGAGGCGCUCGUGCAGAAGACGGACCGCGAAAAGACGCACGCCGCGCAGGACCACGACGCGGACCGCGAAAAGGACGCCCAGGCCCUCGACGCCCGCGACAAGACCAUUGCCGAGCUCGACGCCAAGAUGACAGAGGCCGUCCGGCAGGCUGCGCAGCUGCUGCAGGACAUGUCGGACGAGCAGGACCGCCACACGCGCCACGUCGUGCGCCUCAACCAGGCGCAUGGCCGCGGCCUCGCGCUGCGCGACGCGCGUGUCAUGGAGCUGCGCGUUGAGAUUGACCGCGUGAACGAGUCGCUGCGCGCGUCGCACGACACCGUCCGCGGGCUGCGCGUCGCCAACGGCGGGCUGCAGUCGGCGAUGCGUGACCAGCAGGCCAAGGCCAAGGCUGCCAUGGACGCCAUGCAGGAGGAGCUGCAGCGCGUCCUUCAGAUGAGCCAGGAGUUUCUGCACUCGCCAAAGCGGAAGCGCUCGGUAGAGGGAGAGGGCGAGCCCGUGGUCCGCCCCGGGCGGCUCCUGAGCGGCGAGCUGGCGCGCCGUGGCUCGGGGACCAAGGGACGCAGGCGGCGCCCGGACAGCGGCCUCGGACUGCUGGAUGAGGAUGAAUGUGAAAUGUUUUGA